UAUGAAAACAUCACUACUAAAGUGGAAGCCAGACUUGGAUGGUGCAAUUGAAUAUUACACGAAAGCUGCCUUAAUAUACAGAAACGCGAAAAAGCUACACGAAGGCGCUGAAUUGUAUAAGAAAAUUGCUCAUCUUAAUCUGCAACGCGGUUCCGCGUUUCAUGCCGCUAAGGCAUUUGAAAUAGCCUCCUUGAUGCACCGUGAUGCAAAAGAGUUUCAUAAAAUGGCAGAUCUAGUUUACGAGGCUGGGAAGCUUUUGAGAGAGUCUGGAUCACCAGACUCUGCAACAUUAGUUUAUGAAAAAGCCUCAAAAUCUUUGGAGGAUUAUCUUCCAGAACGAGCAGCUGAGUUCUACGAGAGCUCAUCAGAGGCUUGUGAGGCAGAGGAUAAGCACCUUCAAGCAGCCGAACAAGCUGGACAAGCAGCCAGGAUGUGGACAAGAAUGCGCAGAUACAACGAAGCUGAACGCCUGCUUCGAAAGCAAAUUUCUUUUGUAUUAGAUUCUUCAACUUCCCAACAAAAUAUGAAUAGCAUUACAAGCACCGCUCAGUUAUAA